AUGGAGUUUUGGAUCGCAGUCGGAGGCCGCCUCCGCGCAAGCCUAAAGGGUUGGGGCGCGAACCAGGGGCGUGCUGACAAGAUCCUCAGGGAAAGGCUUCUUGCUGAAUUAAUCGUCCUUGAUAACCAAGCGGACACUCGUCCUUUCUCAGAGCAAGAAUGGGCGCAUCGAUACGCCUUGGAAGGGCAAGUCGAAGCUCUGUUGCGGGCAGAGGAGGAAUAUUGGAGGCGCAGGGGUGGUCUCAAGUGGACGCUCAAAGGAGACGCGAACACCCAGUAUUUCCACGCGUACGCGAACGGCAGACGUAGGAAAUGCUCAAUCCUUAGGUUGCAGUCGGAGCAGGGGCUUCUUCUACAACACUCGGAAAUCACCCAUCAUAUCUACGACUUCUACAUAAGUCUGAUGGGGACCGACGAGGCACAACAAGCGCGCCUCAGCACGGAGGUGUGGCUCCCGUACCAAAAGGUACUACACAGCGAGAACGAAGAGCUGGGGCUCGCGUAUCUCCCUAAGGAGAUUGACAACGCUCUGUUAAGCAUGAAAACUGACACGGCUCCGGGGCCGGAUGGGUGGCCGGUGGCGAUGUUCAAGCGCUUUUGGCCAUUGCUCCGCGGGCCCAUUUACGAGGUGUGUAAUGGCUUCAUGCGUGGCUUUGUGGAUAUUGCUAGGUUAAACUACGGCGUCCUAUCGCUUAUCCCAAAAGUGCCAGGGGCGGACAACAUACGCCAGUACAGACCUAUCGCGCUGAUUAACGUUCCGUUUAAAAUCUGCGCCAAAAGCUGUGCCACUCGGCUCGCGCCGAUCGCCCACCGCACCAUUAGUCGUGCCCAGUCGGCGUUCAUUAGGGGUAGGAACAUUCUGGAGGGACCUCUAGCGCUGCAAGAGACCCUUCACGAGCUUAAGCGCACACACGAACCAGCGAUUCUACUUAAACUAGACUUUGAGAAGGCCUACGACAGAGUUAAUUGGGACUUCCUCAGGCAGAUCCUCACCAGCCGAGGAUUCUCACCGGUUUGGGUGCACCGAGUCUUGCAAUUGGUCUCGGGGGGCCAAACUGCGGUCUCGGUGAAUGGAGAAGUAGGGCACUUCUUCAGGAACAAGCGUGGCUUACGCCAAGGUGACCCCAUGUCGCCGCUCUUGUUCAACUUCGUCGCUGAUGCGUUGGCAGCGAUGUUGCGGAAAGCAACGGAGGCAGGACACAUUAAAGGGGUGUUGGGACACCUCAUCCCAGGGGGGAUUUCGCACCUGCAAUACGCAGACGACACGCUACUGCUGUUCCAGCCCGACCUCCAUAGUGUGGCUACGGUCAAAGCCUUACUGAUUAGCUUCAAGCUUAUGUCAGGGCUUAAGAUCAACUUUCACAAGUGUGAAGUGAUGCCCAUGGGAUUGGAGGCGGAUGAGGGUAGACACAUAGCGGACCUGCUCAAUUGCAAACUUGGCAAUAUGCCGUUUACCUACCUAGGUCUCCCAUUGGAUGCCAAGCGCAUCAAGAUCGACGGGUGGGCGCCGCUCUGGACCAAGGUGGGAGAGCGGGUCAGUCCGUGGAGGGGGAAGUUCCUCUCCUCUGCAGCUAGGUUAGUGCUCACAAACGCGAGCCUCUCCUCGCUGCCACAAUUCGCAAUGGGUUUGUUCCUCCUGGCGGAAGGGGGAGCGACGGGUCUAUGGGUUGAUCUGCUUCGGGCCAAGUACUUCCCGAACGGGAAUUUUUUCGAGGGCGUGGCGAGGGGAUCUCCUUUCUGGAACGAUCUGCAAGCGGUACGGCCAGCUUUCGCUCUGGGAGCCAAGUUCUCCAUUGGUAAUGGUCGCUCGGCUCGCUUCUGGCUUGAUCACUGGGUGGGAGCCCAUCCCCUCUGGGUCGACUUCCAGAGCCUUUAUACCCUGGCUGUCAACCCGGAGAUCUCAGUGGCCACGGCGCUUGCCUCUUCCCCUCCGGCACUGCAUUUCCGGAGAGAGCUAUCGCAAGUAGAACAAGCACACCUUACGGAAUUGCUUGAUUCCAUUGCGCCGGUCACGCUGUCGCCGACGGUGGACACAGUCACCUGGGCCCUCACCCAGUCUGGCAAGUUUUUGGUCAAGUCCCUAUACCGUAAACUGUGCCUGGGCCCAUCCUUCCAGGUGCCAAAGGGCUUGUGGAACGCGCGCCUUCCGCUCAGGAUUAAGGUGUUUUUCUGGCAAAUGUUCUGCAAUAGACUGCCCACUUCCGCUAACGUCGCCAAACGUAACGGGCCGUCGACUGGUCUGUGUGCGAUUUGCAACGUCCUGGAGGACGCGACUCAUGUCUUCUUCCUAUGUCCUCUGGCACGUUUUGCUUGGAGCGCCGUCCGUGCAGCAGCCAACUCCUCCUGGGACCCCCGGUCUGCGUCUGACCUCGCAACCAUAAUUGGCUCUUUUCACGGUGGCAUCAACCGAGUACUCUGGAGCUGUUUCGGCGCCUUGUCCUGGGCACUCUGGCUCACUAGGAACAAACUUGCAAUCGAGGGUAUCUUUCCUUCUCACCCUGCUAACAUAAUCUACAAAUGCAACCUUCUUCUGCAGCAGUGGAGUCCGUUGGCGAAGCGCAAGGAUGCUGAAAGACUGAAUCGCGCCCAAGAACGCCUUCGUCAGAUCUACGUUUUGGCUAGGGAGCCAUCUGCCACCUCUGCGCCGUGA